AGCUGGAGGCCCUGCUGGGCCGCCAUGGUGGCGGCGGCGGCAGGGGGGAAGCAGGAGGAGGCAGGGAAGCAGGAGGAAGCGGAGCAGGAGCAGGAGGCGCUGUUGCUCUUUCCUCCCCUGCUACCGCUGCCCCUGCUGCCUCCGAGCCCCUUCGCGUGCUGGAGCUGUGUUGCGGCACGGGUGCCUCACUGGCCUUCAUGUGUCGCAUGGGCUUCUCAGUGACGGGAGUGGAGCUGGUGCCGGCUGCCUGCCGGGUGGCGGCAGCACGACUGCAGCAGGCAGCGGCGGAUGUGGCGGCGGCGGUGGCAGCGGAGGCGGCCAAGGCAGAGGUGGCCAAGGCAAGGGGGAUGGCUGCUGCUGCUCCCGCUCCCGUUGCUGUUCCCGUACUUGUGGUGGAGGUACGGCAGGUGCAGGAGGCAGGAGGGGCAACGUACGACACCACACCGUACGACACCACAACCACCCCUCCUCCUUCUCACCCCCACCCCCACCACCUGCUGCUCCAAGGCGACCUCUUCGCCGCCCGCCUGCCGCCCGCUGCCGUACACCUCGUGUACGACUGCCAGGGGCUGCAUGCCGUACCGCCGCAGCUGCGGGUACCGUACGUUGCCGUACUGCAUGCGGCGCUGAGGAGGGGCGGGUUAGCGCUGCUGCUGGUGGGCAGGAGCGAGGAGGAGGGUGAGGAGGAGGGUGUGAGGGAGGAGGAGGGGCUCAUGUUGACGUCCGCAGGCAGGGAGUGCUCGCAGGCAAAAGGUUGUGACGCUGGGGAUGAAGAUGGACGUCGGAAUGAGCUCAGGGUCACCAUGGAAGCAAAGGGCGGUGCAGGGGUGAUCAGCAGCCGCAGUGGCACCAACAGCAGCGCCAGCAGCAGCAGUCGGGGUCCCUCCCUGCUGAGUCUACCCCAGCUCCGGUCGCUGUUCCCGCCCGCCCGCUGGCGCUGGUGCGGCUGCUGGCGGAGCGUGUUCGAUGCCACCCCCGAGUACGACAAGCUGGCCGCUCGUCCACCCGCUUGGUGCCUGCUGGUACGGAAGCUGUGAUGCACGGGUGCAGGACGGUGGGUGGGUGGUAGGAUGUCAUGGGGUUUCGUUAAAAGAGGAGCAGGAGGAGGGGAAUCUUUAGAAACUCUGGAGUUGGUGUGGAUGCGGGUGUGUGCGGAGGUGUGCUGGGAUAUCGGAGCCGUAUCCGGAUACGUCAGGGUGGCCAGUAGGUGGCCGGUAGGG